AUGGAAUCGGCGGUGUGCUUCUCAGACAUUGACGGCACGCUGGUGCACAGCGAGGCGGAGCAGGCGCGGUGGGGGGUGUUGGCGGAGGAGCCGGACGAGCAGGGGCUGUACGCGUUCCGAGACACGAUGGGGAAGGAGCAUCAUUUGAUUAAGAUGCCAGUGUCAUUGACGUACUCCGAGGGAGUUAUAUCCGUUUCAACGCUGCACAAAUUGGCGAGAGUGCGGUCUGUGGGCAUACCCGUGACCCUCAUAACCGGCGCUAGGACGAUGACUUUACUACAGCGCCUACCAUUUCUGCCGUUGGCCGACGCCUACGUCUCAGAGAAUGGUGGGAGGAUUUUCUACCACAAGCCAGCCUUGCCCUCAGCGGUUGGACUGGUUGAAGACAUGGCAUGGCGGAGGGCCCAAAAUCGUGUUGUGGGUCCGCACCAGCAAGAGUCAAGGCCCCCGGAGGACAGAGCGGGCUUGCUGUGGGAUUUGUACCGGGACCUUCUCAAAGAUGGCUGGAAUAUCGAUGCGAGGGGUUACACGACAUGCCUGAGGAUCAAGUCCCCUCCAGAGGGCAAGGCUAUGUCUGACAUCAACAGAUACCUGCUUGGUCAGGAAGACCUCGCACAUUCGGACAACUUGGGGACAAUGAAUGUGUACGCCGCCAGCAGCGGGAAGGCAAACGCUGGCCUCCACGUCAUGCACCAUUUCAGCGCUUCGCCGAAGUUGUCUGUUUUCUUGUGCGAUGAUGACAACGACAUCGGGCUGGCGCGGAAUGUUGGGAGGGCGUUCCUUCCUUCAAUCACCCAGGAAUCGAUGCAGAGGGCGGUCGAAGAGGACCCCGACCAUUUUGAAGUCGUCAGGGACGUUGGAGGCACGCUGGCCACAGACAAAGCGCUUGACGCCGUACUGGCACAUUACGAAAUCGAUUCUGAAAUGGACAGCGACGAUGAUGAGGAAGAAGGGGAAGAAGAUAACGGGCAGGAGGGGUAA